GUCGCGCUACGUCCACGCUGACUUUCUCAGAAUGAGUCGGAGCGUGUGUGCGUACCCUUGUUUAAAACGUUGAGUGAAAGAGAUGUUGCGUCGGAAACAGGAUGUUAGGUACGUGUAAAGAACGUCCAAGUCCGGGAAGCGGAAACACGAUCCUAGUGGCUCCAACGUCCGCCCAGGCCAUGGACUUGAGCUGCCGCGCCAGAUCUCGAUGAUCCUGUAAGCAUCCUCGAGUGCCAUGCACCACCUUACAAUGUGGACCUGGACCGCCACAGCGGCUCAUCUGCUGACUCUGCUCUUCAUCUCGUGUCUCAUCCUCAUAGGCAAAUGUUCCGAAGAUGAAGAACGAUUAGUUCGAGACCUCUUCAGAGGGUACAAUAAGCUGAUACGCCCCGUUCAAAACAUGACGGAAAAAGUUGACGUCAGAUUUGGCCUAGCUUUCGUUCAGCUCAUUAACGUGAACGAAAAAAAUCAAAUCAUGAAGUCGAACGUCUGGCUGAGAUUGGUAUGGAACGACUAUCAGCUUCAGUGGGAUGAAGCUGAUUACGGAGGAAUUGCCGUACUCAGGUUACCGCCCGACAAAGUAUGGAAACCUGAUAUAGUUUUAUUCAAUAAUGCUGACGGCAACUACGAAGUGAGAUACAAGUCUAAUGUGUUAAUUUACCCCAAUGGCGAGGUGUUGUGGGUACCGCCCGCAAUUUAUCAGAGUUCUUGUACUAUAGACGUCACAUAUUUUCCGUUUGACCAACAGACUUGUAUUAUGAAGUUUGGGUCUUGGACUUUCAACGGUGAUCAAGUGUCACUGGCGUUAUACAAUAACAAAAAUUUCGUAGACCUGUCAGAUUACUGGAAAUCUGGAACGUGGGACAUUAUUGAAGUGCCCGCCUACCUCAAUAUAUAUGAGGGUAACCACCCCACAGAAACUGAUAUCACGUUUUAUAUUAUCAUACGACGCAAGACUCUAUUUUAUACAGUCAAUUUAAUACUUCCUACAGUACUCAUCUCGUUCCUUUGUGUACUUGUCUUUUAUUUACCAGCAGAAGCCGGGGAAAAGGUGACGUUGGGUAUUAGUAUUUUACUGUCACUUGUAGUAUUUUUGUUGCUCGUUUCAAAAAUCCUGCCACCAACUUCGCUUGUGUUACCGCUCAUUGCAAAAUAUCUACUUUUCACAUUUAUCAUGAACACCGUUAGUAUUCUCGUUACGGUAGUAAUAAUCAAUUGGAAUUUCAGAGGGCCUAGAACACACAGGAUGCCUUCGUGGAUCCGUUCUGUUUUCCUCAAUUAUUUACCGGCUAUGUUGCUAAUGAAGCGACCGCGAAAAACACGAUUGCGAUGGAUGAUGGAAAUGCCUGGAAUGGGUGUGCCACCUCACCCUUACGGCUCUCCAGCAGAUAUUCCCAAACAUAUAAGUUCUAUUGAAUCCCAAAGUAAAGUCGAAGUUAUGGAAUUGUCCGAUUUACAUCAUCCGAAUUGUAAAAUUAAUCGAAAAUUAAAUUCGGACCUGGGUGUAGGUGUAGGAUCUGAGAGUUGUCGAAGAGAAAGCGAAAGCUCCGAUUCUAUUCUUUUAUCACCGGAAGCGUCGAAAGCAACGGAAGCUGUUGAAUUUAUCGCAGAACAUUUACGCAACGAAGAUCUUUAUAUUCAAACAAGAGAAGAUUGGAAGUACGUGGCUAUGGUGAUAGACAGACUCCAAUUAUAUAUGUUCUUUAUUGUAACCACAGCUGGUACGGUGGGGAUCCUCAUGGAUGCACCUCACAUCUUCGAAUACGUAGAUCAAGACAGAAUCAUCGAAAUUUACCGCGGCAAAUAAAACCUUGGCUUUCAUCAUCGCUGGCUAACAAAUCAUGUGGCUUCCAUGUGAGAACCGCAAAGGCCUACCGGUUUGGUGUUCGGUAAAUAGUGACUGGGGCAAUGUGACAAUUUUGAAAGUCCGGCCCGAAUUAUUUUUAUUUUUUGAGACACUGCAGCGCCAACGCUUGGUGAUUGUUAUAUAAUAAUAAACACACGACGUACGAAAAUGAUUAUUUUGUUCCUUAUAUCGCCGAGUGACAAUCGUUAUGAUUCCGCGUGUGCUAGAGAUAAAGAAGGCCUGACAUAUAAAAAACAAACACAUGGUGUAUUAUCGAUAUAGUUUCGUUGUAGUGUCACGUUUGGAUGAUGGCUGAUUCUAGGUCUAGCCGAUCUUACGUACACUGAGAAUCAGUUGUUAACGGUGGCAAAGAUUCGAAUCCGUAGACAGCUCAAUUGCCAGAUGAUAAGUCAACCGGAGCCCUCACACAUUACUGGUCAGACCGUUAGUUAAUGUCGAUGCGGAUUUGUUUCGACAAAACGACUACCAUCAUAACGAACACACCACCCUUUAUCGAGGACAAUAGACCCGUGCGCGAGCUCCAGCGACAUCAGUCAAAUAUUAACACUGUCGUAUGUUUAGAUUAGAGUAGAAUGGAUGAGACUGGGCAGUGUUAUACUGUAAUGUGCUGCAUAACGUCGUGUCGGCGGCCUGGUUUACCUGAAACAGUCCAGACUCCAGACUUCAGAGUCCAACUGAAAAAUCCCUUAACUAUUAGUUAGCAUAGUUGCGCAGGCCCUCGACAGCAGACAGCCCGAUAGGAUAGCCGUUGACACCAACUCCUUGUACUUGUACAUACAUACAUACGAACAUGACUCUAAUCAAGCACUUUUUUCCCCACGUUACAUUAUUUCUUUUAUGUUUUGUUCUACUAUUGUUAUUGUUACUACAAGAAUUCAAACUCAUUUUUUGAUAGGCCUACUUUCACAUUUAUUUCAUUUUAACUAAACGUAAAAAAUUGCUCAAAUUCAGAUGUGUAUGCAGUCAUCAAACAUUCAAUAGACCCUUAAAUAAAUGUUAUAAAUAUGUACAGUAAUACAGUAAUGUGAUUGAUCACUAUAGGCACGUCUUUGAUUAAUUACUCCAUUCAUUUUUGACUUAUUUUGUUUGGAAUUUCGAUGAAACAAUAUUAAAAUGUCACUAUUUCAUUAAAUAAUUAAAAGUUAUUAUUCUUCGGUCAGGUUUGAUGCAUGGAUGUUUAUAUUACUGAAUGGUCUUCCAAAGUUUUAAUAUUGUUUUUUUGAAAUUUUAAUACACGCGUUUGCGACACACUUUUUUACGAAACUAUUAUAUACGCAAUAACGGGUCAUAGCUGUACAUUAGUUAGCUACACGUGCUAAUAGUUAUCAGAUGUAAAAUAACGUUGUUACUGAUAGUUACUAAUAUAGGAAUCUGUACCGUAUAGCACUGCCUGCCCGUGUUUCAGCACAUAAUCGCUUGGAACACUUAUUGACUAUUUAAUACAAUAAAUAAUCAUUUACCUGUUAUAAUGUUAAUGUACCAGACAGAUGCAUUUACAAUAAAAAU